CCGGAAAUUGUUUCUGGGUGGUGGGUGUUUGGAGUUAUUUACAUGGAAUAUUUGAGAUUAACAAAAAUCCCUUUUGCAUUCGGAGGAAGAAGUUGUUUAAUGUUCUUAAAUUGCAGAAUGGUCUGAUUUUGUGAGGCGUCCUUCCUUGUGUGACCAGGUCCUUGCCCUUGUUUGCUUGCCGGUCAUGUUUUUGCUUGUGUUGCCUCGGAGGCUCCGUUAGUCCGCCGCCUUUCGCUAUGGAAGAUUUCUCUCCUCUUUCAUUAACCGAUAUCUGCUUAGACUAUUUGAGGGUGAAUUUGAGUAAGUUUUGUUGGGAAAGGACAGAUGGCUCAUUCUGUCUCAAGGAAGCUGUGGUGUUUCCACAAGAACUGGCAGAUCGUUUGCUGCAGAAAAUGUCCCUGAAUGGUGUGCUUAAUGAAAAGACAGUGGGAAUUUUCCGCAGGAAUGAUCUGCUGCGCUUGAAGCGAGCUUGUAUUCGAAAUGCUAAACUGUCAGCAGUAGCAUUCAGGAAAGCAUUCUGCCACCACAAGCUUAUUGAUCUGGAUGCUUCUGGUGUAAAUGCAGACAUCACAAUAACAGAUAUUGUAAAUGCACUUGUCACCAACAAAUGGAAUCAACAGUACUUGCAGUGUCUUGUGUUGAAUUCAUUAACACUGUCUCUCGAAGACCCUUAUGAGCGAUGUUUCAGCCAGCUGACUGGCCUGCGUGUUUUAAGUGUUACCAAUGUUCUCUUCUACAAUGAUGACCUUAGAGACGUUACUUCUCUUCCAAAAUUGGAAAGUUUAGAUAUUUCAAACACUUCUGUUACUGACAUCACACCACUUCUGACCUGUAAAGACAGGCUUAAAUCUUUGACCAUGCACCACCUCAAAUGCCUGAAAAUGACAACUACUCAAAUUUUAGAAAUCAUUAAGGAACUAGAGCUCCUGCAACACUUGGACAUCUCUGACGAUAAGCAAUUUACCUCUGAUAUUGCACUUCGUUUACUAGAACUGUCUGGCAUACUACCUAAUCUCCGAUCUCUAGAUAUUUCGGGCAGGAAGCACAUCACAGAUAAGGCUGCUCAGGCAUUUGUCCAGCAUCGGCCUACAAUGCAGUUUAUGGGGUUGCUUGCUACUGACGCUGGCUACUCUGAGUUCCUCUCUGGAGAAGGAAGUUUAAAGGUUUCAGGAGAAGCAAAUGAAGUGCAAAUCUCUGAAGCUCUACGUCGAUAUAGCGAAAGAGGAUUUUUUGUAAGGGAAGCAUUAUUCCACCUUUUUAGUCUCACACACAGCAUGGAAAAACCACAGCCUGAGCUACUUAAGCUUGUGGUCACUGGAAUGAAGAACCAUUCUACAAAUCUACCAGUGCAGCUGGCAGCUAGUGCAUGUGUAUUCAAUUUGACAAAACAGGACUUGGCUGCUGGCAUGCCUGUACGCCUUUUGACAGAAGUAACGCGUCUCCUGCUGAAAGCCAUGGAACAUUUUCCCAACCAUCAACAGCUUCAGAAGAAUUGUCUGUUGUCUCUUUGCAGUGAUCGUAUCCUACAGGAUGUCCCAUUUAACAGGUUUGAGGCAGCCAAACUGGUAAUGCAGUGGCUUUGUAACCAUGAAGAUCAGAACAUGCAGCGAAUGGCAGUGGCUAUUAUUUCUAUUUUAGCAGCAAAGCUUUCAACAGAACAGACUGCCCAACUUGGUACAGAACUCUUCAUAGUCAAGAAAUUGCUGCAUAUAGUAGAGCAGAAGACAACUCUGUCAUUGGUGGACACCACUUUAAAGUUUACGCUUAGUGCACUUUGGAACCUGACCGAUGAAUCCCCAACCACCUGCAAGCACUUUAUAGAAAAUCAGGGUUUAGAAUUAUUUAUGAAAGUACUUGAGUCCUUUCCAGGUGAGCCCUCCAUCCAGCAGAAGGUUCUUGGUUUGUUGAACAACAUAGCUGAAGUAAAAGAACUUCAUCCUCAACUGAUGAAGAAGAGCUUCAUUGAGCACAUCAGUGCUUUAUUACAUAACAAAGAAGUGGAAGUCAGUUACUUUGCUGCAGGAAUAAUUGCUCAUUUGAUAUCCCGGGGGCUACAUAUCUGGACACUGGAUCUUGACCUCCGAGCUUCUCUACUGGAACAAUUGCAUUCUGUAAUUUUAAAUUGGCCAACACCGGAUUGCGAGAUGGUAGCUUAUAGGUCAUUCAGUCCCUUUUUCCCAUUGUUGGAAUGUUCUGAUGCACCAGGAGUGCAGAUUUGGGCUGUCUGGGCAAUGCAACAUGUCUGUAGCAAAAAUGCACCUAGGUACUGCAGCAUGCUCAUUGAAGAAGGUGGGAUGCAACAGCUAUACAAUAUUAAGAACAAUCCACAGAUUUCACCAGAUGUUUUGCGGAUUGUUAUUAGCAUUAUUGAAAGUUUAGAGAAGUACAUUAUGCGCCAUGGAAAGGUCUCUUCCUGCUACAAAAAGCCACAAACUAAACACAGUGUGAUCUAAAGAGUAACCAGAAUUAAUUGUUUGAGAUUGUACCAGUAAUUUUUUUUAAAAAAAACAUAUUUGGUAACGUAAGCUCCUUUCAAAAUCUCCACAAAAUGACUCAUAGUAUGGCUUUGUUAUGCCACUCCCAUUGGGAGGGGAAAGGAGAGCAGAUCAGAUACUACAGUAGCCCAGUAUAGCCAAGUAGCAGAAGAAACAUGAAACUCUGUGACCUAUUUCUGUGUAUGACUCUAUAAACAAUGCUGUUCCUGAAGAAUUUAAAAACUCAUUAUCUUGUGUGUGGCAGAAUUCAUUGUCUUUGAGUAGUAUUAUACAAUUUUACAACAAAAGUUUGGCCCUUAAUCCAUUAUGUACAUGCUAGUUCUUUUGCUGAAGCCAUCCAAAGUGAUCUCACUUUCCUUGCAUUUUCCUUUGCAUCACUACAUCUCUUGAAGUGACUACUUGAUAAGAUAGUGGUCCCUGUCUUAGCUACUCUUAAUGGCACACCAAUCCAAUGCACCAAUUUCUGAAAAGUUAUUAAAUGAUGACCCCUCGCCACAUAUUUCCUCAACCAUCUUUUAACCCUUUAGCCUUCUCUGCUUCAGUGGUAAUCUUAUCUAUAAUUUCCCACCCAAGUAUCAAUGUUGUAUUUUCUAUGGCUUUAAUAUCCUUUCUAUAAUGGACCAAAGUAGUACAUUCAUUUUUGGUCCAGCUAUAGACACAUAUAUAACAUCCUUUAUUUUAUUCCAUCCCUCUUAUCUCCCUGCAAUUGUACUUGGAGGGAACAGUUUGUGAACUCUUGCAUGUCUCUUCUUGCAAUAUCAACUUCAAUUCCUUAUUUGGCUUCUAUUUAAACAUUAUUUUAUUCAGUCCUACAAUAAAAUACAAUAUCCUUGUAUUAUAAAUUCUUAUUCCUCUCAAAACAUUUUAACAGUAUUGCAGUCCUCAUGACUUGUCCAAUUCAACAAGGGGAGCUAAGUUUUUAAGCUUAGGUGCUUCCUGGAACAAGCUCUAAAGAUUUUUGCUUAAAACCUUGAGUUAUUUUAAAGAAAUGUUCUUUGAAAACAUACCCUCUUGUCCAAUUACUCCCAACCCCUCCCAAAAAAAUUAAUACUUUUUCCACUGCAGAUAAAUAUUGCAUGUGGAGUCCAUAGAUUUACCAUGUGUUUUAAUAUUGAGUUGGUAUAGCGCUUAUUAUUCCUGACUUGUAAAAGGAACAUAAGUUGAAAUUCUCUAAAUCCUGCAGAUGCAGAUUUAUGUACUUCUGGUGCUGCAGCUGUUUUGUGUUGGAUUCUUGCACAGUAUUACAUAUGUAACAUUGCAGCUUGAUUUGGUUUCAGUUUGACUCAGACUACUUCAGUAGGAUUAUACUGUGGAAUUUCCUGCUAAUUGCAACUUCUACAGGUAGGAUAAAAUUUUAGGGGCCGAGUCGAUCAAAGAUUCUUUACACUUGGCAAUGAAAAUGCUUGCUGAUUGGUGUUCUUCCUCAUGCCUUUUGAUUUCUUCCAAAUACAGCCUUGAAAUAAUUUUCUCCAGUACCUCUGAAACCCAAUUGUAGAAAUACUAGAAAUGAAUGAAAUAGUGAAACCAUGUACAGGAUUGAUGAAAGUACCAACAAUAUCUCAGUCAAACAGAUGUCCAACAUGACUUUUUCCAUUUCUGAAUGGAACUACCACAAUUGUAAUGGUGUAUACUGUUAAAUAUUUCUAAGUUAUCUAGAUGCAGUUCAAGUUUACCACAGUGGAAUGUUGGUUUGGUUUUGUGUUGUCUUUGCAAAUUUUGUUCAUUCUACAAGCAGCAGCUUUUAUUUGAAUAAAUACUGCUGAUGAAAUGUUUACUUAAUCUGGAUGUCACUCAUAUGCCUACCUUUUUAUAAAAGAAGUAAUGGAAAAGUUGAGCUGUAAUGAGCUUAAUUUUGGAUCUUUGUCCCCAAGCCCCUCUUGCUCCCUUUUUAAAACAAUUUUGUACAACAUGUUACCUCCCUCAAAGAAAUAUGCUUUUGAAAACCUUG